AUGUUGUGUCUGAGGCAGUUACUCUUCGUCGGGGUUCUCACCCUCUCCUAUGUCGGAGCAUACGACCUGCGCAACGUACCCCCUUUAUCUACAACUGCCCAAAACUCGGGUCCCGUCCCUACGGCUCCCGCCGCCAUCCCCGCAAUAACAGACGGCAAUGUCGGCGUCUGGACCUCAGCAGCCCUCCGAGAAAUAAUCAAAGAAAGAGACGAGUACGCCGCGCAGGGGCACUUCGCUGAGAUCGAGCAGAGAGACCAGGACGUCUUUCCCCUCUGUCCCGAAUCGUGGCGUGGCGGCGUCCCCAAAGCAUGCUCCGACUGUGGGAAUGACACAAUCGUCCCCGGCCAGUGCGACCAGGUUAUGCUCACUGGAAGCCAGGAACGCUGCCAAUUUUCAGGCGGCUGUGGUGUGUACUGUCAGUGCGUCCCAGGUGCCGUGGAUAUUACCCCCGGCAAAGUCACGUCCAUUACCACCGUCGGCGGCCAGGCCGGAACGGUCGUCUAUGAGGCCCUCACGCUGGCUGAGUAUACCGGCUUAAAAGCGAGCACAACUGUUACUAUCACCGAUCUCGUCGCAACGAGCACUGACAGUAGUGCCGGCAUGGAAACUUUUGUUGCUGUUGUGGUAGCGGGUGGUAUCGCGUGGUGGGUUGCAGAACAGUUCGGCGCGGCAGCAGCUAUCGCAGCUAUACAACCGCCCUCUAAGCUGCCGGAUGGCGGAGAAAAAGACAACGAAGUGUGCCAGAAGGAUCCAAAAGAGGACUGCGCCGAUUGUGGUGGAGCCAACAGCGUAAAGCUGUGCUCGUCAGGGCCCGAGGUUGGCUGUCCCUGCGACGAAAAGCAGAACUGCCCCAACGAACCGCCUCGAUGUACCGAUACUUCUUGCGGAGGUGAUAAUGGAAAAUCGCAGUGUUCCGCGUCGGGUGCUAUCAACGGCUGCACGUGCUGCCCAAGCACUACGAUUUCCUGCUCUGACAGCAAUUGUAACGGGGACGUUUUCUCCCAGUGCCAGGCGGACACACACCAUGGUUGCGGAUGUUUUUGGAUAGGCAAUAACGGCAGAGACUUGAAUAUCGAAAACAGCGACCCCGAUUCCAUCACGCCGGACCAGCUGUCCUCGCUGGCGGCCGCUGUCUUCACCACAGCCUGGGGCGCCGUGUCCAGCUCUGUGCCGGGCCUUCUGAGGAACCCCCCCGUCGUCAGCUGCCCGUACGAAAGUUACACGCCCACCGCGAGCCUCAACACAGGCACCGCGUCUGUCACCUUCCUGCCCGUCACCAAUUGCUACUGCAUGUGCGGACCGGCCAUGACGCCGCAGUUCUGGGGUACUAACUCGGCCCAUAGCACCACCAGCUGGUGCAUGAACGGGGGCACCACCGCUCCUGGCGACUACACAUAUGUCAGUAAGGGGUGCGAGCCAAGUGCUCCUGUCCCGACAACGGCUCCCUCAACAACAAUGACGGUUCCUGCGCAUCUUACAUCGACCAGUUCAACGACUUUCCCAGUCAACACGCCGCCUUCCAACGCCACCUGUAACAAAAACUCGGAUUGUAGUAGGUACACAUGCACGGGUGGACCGGCGGCAAAAUGCGUGGCUGGAGCAGCAGGCGAUCCGUUCACUUUGCUAUGCAGAUGUUGA